AUGGCCCAUGAUCGCGAGCUCGAGCGCGCAAACUCGGCGCCGGCCAGUAAGACGGAAGCGCCCGAGCGAUCGCCCAAACCCAAGAAGAGAUGCCGUCAACAGGGGCCAAGGGAGUCAAAAUCAGCGGAGGCCAAGCCCAAGCGUAGAUGCCAGGCGCCGCCUGGCGACCAGAGCACUGGUUCACCGCCGCCCGAGGAGAUCCCCAAACUGGCACAGGAGCUCUUGGGACCGAGGCACAGAUCCAUUCCCUCCCGCUUGAAGAAGUUGGUGGUGGAAGUGCUUCGUGAACUGUUGACGUUUCUUGAGACAACCGGUGUCCACGCUGCAUCGGAGUUCGGUGAGGACGAAGAGGAGCCAGACGCAUCGGCACCCGACAACGACCCGGAAGAUGUCCUCCCUCUUUGUGACGAUGAAUGCCCGGAUCUUCUUUGUGAAGAUGGCCUUGAGAAGGAAACUAAGCUUCAACCCGACUGCAAGGGUCCUGGUCGAAGUGGUGUCAGGGGUGUAACUUUAUAUCGCGUUGGUGCGUAUGCCAGAUAUCGAGCGAGCGUGGGACUCAAGGGCAUCAUUGCACUCACGCAGUACUGCAGUAGUUUGGACACGAUCAUUGACUUCCACAUGAGUCUGGUACAGAUGCGCCAUCGCUUCAUGAAAGAGUGCGAGGCUGGCAAACCCUUCGGCCAAGCACUAGACCUUGCAACUGAGCAGCUGCAUAGGGAAAGGGAAGGAGCAGAUGCACCAAAGAUGAGGCUCUCGUUCCUGUGCCCGCGUGUGACAGGCGGUCGAAAAUCAAGUCUGGAUGAGAUGAAGUUGGUGGGGCAAGCUUACCAAGAGGCUCUUGCUAUGGGACGCGAAGAGAAGCUGACUCGCUGCAGUAUGUGCGUGCAGGAAAGGGCAGAAAGGAAGCAGGAACGAAGAGAAGCAAAGCACGCAGCAAAGCACGCAGCCAAAGUGCAGGCCCUGCGCACAGCUCUGCAAACGGAGCUUGGGAGGCGUGCGCAGCAAGCCUGUGGUGUGAAGACGCUGCCCCAGGGCAUAGUCCUCGCCAGUCUGCCGGGAGUCCGACAGCCCAACACGUGCUUGUGUGCACAGCUUCAGCUACAGGAUGGUUCUCUUUGUCAGGGCCCUCUCCGUGCGAGCCUGGUCCUAGCGAAGCGCGACGUCCAAGAACUCUCGGCCAUCCGAGAAGCAAAGGGCGACGACGCGGUCCUGGAGGAAGCCUCCCGGAGAGAUGCGGACGUCAUGACUUCUUUCUUCAUGAUUGGUCGGCUGGCGUGA